AUGGAUGCACAAAUAUAUGUUCUACAUAAAGAAGAAAACCAAUCACCCUGGGGCACACAGACCCCAGAGAAGCCUGAGAACAAGGCCAAGUUCUCCAUCCCUUCUGUGACACAGCAACAUGGGGGACAAUAUCGCUGUUACUGUUACAGCUCAGCUGGCUGGUCAGAGCGCAGUGACACCCUGGAGAUUGUGGUGACAGGACCCAUUAUAGCCUCCAGCCUGCCAACAUCAUUGCCCAUGCCAACAGCUGGUGCUCUCCCUAAGCCUAUCCUCAUGGUACAACCAGACUUUGUGGUCUCUGCACAGACUACAGUGACCUUCUUGUGUGAGGGGACCACAGGAGUCAAAGAGUACAGUCUCUACAAAGAUGGACACAAAUAUUUAAGGCACAUAGAGAUUCCACGGAAUCCCAAGACCAAGACUGAAUUCUCAAUCGCAGAAAUAGAUCACCGCCAUGCAGGGCGAUAUCACUGUCAAUAUCAGACCCAUGAUGGAUGGUCAGAGUACAGUGACUCCCUGGAGCUAGUGGUGACAGGAGUCUACAGUAAACCCAGCUUGUCAGCCCAGCCGAGCCCUGUGGUGACUGAAGGAGGGAAAGUAACCGUCCAGUGUGUCUCAGGGCAGUCAUAUCACAGGUUUGUUCUGAUGAAGGAAGGACCUCAGAAGCUCUCCUGGACACUGGACUCGCAAUAUAACUCCCAUACUAGAAAGUACCAGGCCCUGUUCUCUGUGGGCCCUGUGACCUCCAGACAAAGGUGGAUAUUCAGAUGCUACAGCUUCAACAAGAACAGUCCACAGGUGUGGUCAGAACCUAGUGACCCCCUUGAGCUCCUGGUCUCAGGGACCCUCCACAAACCCACCAUCAAGGCUGAGCCAAGCUCUAUGGUCUCUUCCGGGAGUGCUGUGACCAUCUGGUGUCAGGGGACCCUGCAUGCAGAAAUAUGUGUUCUGCAAAAAGAGAGAAGCCAAACACCCUGGGACACACAGACCCCAGAGAAGCCUGAGAACAAGGCCAAGUUCUCCAUCCCUUCUGUGACACAGCAACAUGGGGGACAAUAUCGCUGUUACUGUUACAGCUCAGCUGGCUGGUCAGAGCGCAGUGACAUCCUGGAACUGGUGGUGACAGGAAUCUACUACUACAGUAAAUCCAGCCUGACAGCCCUGCCCAGCCCUGUGGUGACCUCAGGAGGAAACAUGACUCUCAAGUGUGUCUCACAGGAUGAAUAUAGUGAACUCAUUCUCACCAAGAAUGACCAGAAGUUCCUCAGCUCUCAGAACUCACAGUAUAUACACCAUAUUAGGCAAUGGCAAGCCUUGUUCUCCAUAGAUCAUGUAACACCAGACCACAGAGGGACAUUCAGAUGUUAUGGUUACUACAACCAAGCUCCACACUGGUGGUCAGUGCCCAGUGAGCCCCUGGAAAUACACACCUCAGGCCUCUCCAAGAAGCCCUCCUUGCUGACUCACCAAGGCCAGAUCCUGGACCCUGGGAAGAGCCUCACCCUGCAGUGUUGCUCUGAUAUCAACUAUGACAGAUUUGCUCUGUACAAGUUGGGAGGAGCUGACUUCACCCACCAUGGUGUACAGUGGACCCAGAGUGGCCUCUCCUUGGCCAACUUCACACUGGGCCCUGUGAGCAGCUCUACUGGAGGCCAAUACAGAUGCUAUGGUGCACACAACAUCUCCUCUGAGUGGUCAGCCUCCAGUGACCUCCUGGAUAUCCUGAUCACAGCCUCAGAGAUCCAGGAUCACACAGUGGAGAAUCUCAUCAGGAUGGGGUUUGCUGUCAUGAUCCUCAUAGUCCUUGGGAUUCUGGUAAUUGAGGCUUGGGGCAGCCAGAAGCAGGCCCAACGUGCAGCUGAGAAGUAA